CUUUGUCUGCACUCGGCUGGUUCAUCUUUCCGCUGCACUGCGGGACAGGACAGAAGAAACUGGUGCGAUGCCUUCCUCCUCCGUCGAGCCGGACAACGGCGUCGCCACCGCAGCCUUGGUGGCGUCGACUCCCGCAGUCGACGAGCGCCUCGUCUCCUCCCUGCGCACGCAGGCCAAGGUCGAGUUCCUCUGCAAGAAGCACGGCGUCCCGAGCCCGUAUACCCCGCGCCCCGCCGGCGACGACCGGCGCGCCUGCACGCCCCCGCCCCCGGGGUAUAUCUGCGUGUACGCGCACGCGCUGGAAUCCGGGAUGCGCGUGCCGCUGCACGGCUUCUUCUGCGAGGUGCUCGUCCACUUCGGCAUCGCGCCGGCCCAGCUCAUGCCCAACGGGUGGCGCGUCAUGGCGGGCUUCCUCGCGCUCAGUCGCUCCGUCGGUGUGCCGCCGUCGCUGGGCGUGUUCCGGCGCUUCUUCGUGCUGUCGACGGUCAGCCACAAGCUCAAAGGCUGGUACUGUUUCCGUGCAAGGGACAGCUCCGGCGUGCGCUUCACGGGGCUGCCAAAUACCCCCUUGGACUGGAAAAGGCUGUAUUUCUUCCUCUCGUCGCCGGAGCCGUGGCCUUGCCCCGUGGAGUGGGGCGAGCCGUCGAAGAGCUCCUUCGUAAAUCCGGCGCUAACCAGUGAGGAAAAGAGAUCCGCGAAGAAGAUACUGGAAGCUUAUGGCGGCGCUGGCGCCGCCGUUGAUAUGACGACAUGUCUUUGCAAUGGCAACCUCGCCGGCCAUAUGGUACCUGCCGGAUCUCCACUUCCGCCGGCGGCGGCUUCUCCUUAUACUUCCAAAGGAAUGGAUCCAUCCGUCUACAACAUGAUGAAAACUAUGUUUGCGGAGAGGGCGUCGACGAAGAAGGUGAAAGCCGAGCCGGGCAGCAACGCACCAGGAUCGGCAGCUUUGUGCGGGAAGAAGAGGGGUCUGGAGGAAGCCAACGACAAGGAGUACCCGCCCCCUUCGCUGCUGAAUACGGCGCUAUUCUCCGGCAUGUCUUCGCCACCACCGGGCUUCCAACCUAGGAGGCCACGGACGAACUUCCCCAGAAGGCACGGCGGAGACACCACGGAUUGGAAGGCUGCACGGGAGCUGCUGCAGGCCGCCGUCGCGCCGCCGCAGCAGCGCGCGUUCUCGGCUAGCGAGCCUUCCGAGGUCGUCAGGUCGAGCUACGCAGCGAUUCUGAAGGCCGUGAACUACACGUCAUUCUCCCUGAGCUACGCGCUGGAGCUGGAGGAGAAGCUGGUGGCGCGGGACGCGGAGGUGGCCGCACUGCGGAAGCAGCUGGAGGAGGCCAAGGCAGAGGUCGCCGCGGUGAAAGGGGUGUCAGAAGUUAAGCGAGAGAAGGGGAAUGUGGAGCUCGCCGCGCCGAAGCGGCCGACAGCGGAGGCGGCGGCGGCGGCGGUGCAGUAUCUCCUGGCAUCCGAGUCCGAGGAGCACAUCCGGCGGCGCUCGGAGCAGGCGCUGGAGGGGUACGAUCGCUGGCGAGGUAGUAGUAGGAGAGCGGCACCGACGAGGCGACGACAUGAGGCGCGCCGCGCUCCGGCCGAUGAUUCGUCGGCGAAUGUCACGGCCUCUACUACGACUACCUCGACUCCGGCUGAAAUUCCGACGAUGCAUCUCGGUGGCCGGCUCAAGAGACGGCCGGAACCAUCCACCUGGUAUGACCCCAAGCAGUGGCUUUUGCAAGGGAAGCAGAACCGGAAGAAGUUCGCGUUUCGACAUCUUUGACAUGUGCAGUGUAGCUUCCGAUGAUCAGAAUACUUUUCAUUUCGAUUGUGACAAACAAUGCAAAACACAUGACAGAAAAUCCUGUACGUACCUGACUUGGAUGAUCGGAAUUUUGCUUGUGAAAUGACGUUGCCGAGGCUCCAUCGGUACAAAAUAGUUCAUCAUCCUUAAGGAUGACUAAGUUGUUGCUGCCCUAGUAAAACUAUAGAGUGUAUGCUUUGCUUAUCGAAUCUGUUUUUUCUUCGAAG